CACCAACUCAAACAUUGUCAUAUCAUCUCUCUUUUGUUUUUGCUAUUUGCUUCACUCCUUCAUUACAAGAUCAACAAAUUCUCAAGGUUCUAAAACUUAAAACAAGAGAGAAUGAGCAGUGGAGAUUGGAUGUGUGCUGCAUGUCAACAUUUGAACUUCAAGAAACGCGACUCGUGUCAAAGAUGUCAUUGUCCCAAAUUCGCCACCCCUGAUGAGGUUUCAUCUUAUGUGAAUAGAACUGAAGUCUUAGCAGGCGAUUGGUACUGUGCUACAUUCAACUGUGGGUCACAUAAUUACGCUAGCAGGACCGCAUGUUAUAGAUGUGGUGCGGCUAGAGAUUAUACUGCUAUGAUGGCUGCUUCAACCGCAACAUGUUACGGCUAUGAUGCUAGCGCUGUUCCGGGCUGGAAAACCGGAGAUUGGAUUUGCAAUAGAUUAGGUUGUGGGGUGCACAAUUAUGCUAGCAGGAUGGAAUGCUAUAAAUGCAAAACAUCAAGGAGUAAUUAAGGAUGCAAAUGAAUCUGAGGAAGACAACCCUUUGCUUCAACAACCAUCUUAAAAAAAACAUUUUUCUCUUUGUUUUUUUUAUGUUUCUUUUCUUUUUUUAAGUAGUGUUCUUCUUUUUUUAUGACUUUAUGUUCGGUGUAACCUCUUCUUACAUGAAGUUUAUGGAACCGUACGUUCAAGUCUUUUGUA